UAAACUAAUGGAAGAGCAAGACUUAAACCAAGAAAUCAAUGAGGUAAUAGAUAGCUAUAACUUACCCAUAAGUAUUGAUUAUAACCACAUCAUCGCACAAAUUGAUAACCUUAUGAAAGCAUUAUUAAGACUGAAUCUAGACGAUAAAGAGAAAAGCAGCAAUAGCAAAGUCAUUGUUGAAAGGAAAGUCAAUAAUGGUAAAACCGACAAGAUGGAUACUUAUCGUAUCAUCAAUAGUCCCCUUGAAAAUCAACUGAUACAAAAUUAUUUGAAGAAUUGA